CCACACAACCUCCCCUACAAUGGCGGACGUGGAUGCUACCAUCUCAAUCGACAAUCCUGUGUCCGCUCCACCGGAGUCAGAUGUUUUAAGCAAAAACGCUCGCAAGAAGGAGCUGAAGAACAAACAGAAGGAGGAAGAGAGGCGUCGCAAGGAAGAGGAGAAGGAGAAAAAGGCUGCUUCCAUGCCAAAAUCAGCUGUCCAAAAGCAGUCAGCUGCAGAUGAUGAAGACAUGGAUCCAACGCAAUAUUUUGAAAAUCGCCUGAAAACACUUGCUACUCACAAGGCAGCAGGAAUGAACCCCUACCCACACAAAUUCCAUGUCUCCAUGUCCAUUCUUGAAUACAUAGAAAAGUAUGAAAGUUUAAAUAGUGGAGAUCAUCUGGAGGAUGUUCAAGUUUCUUUGGCUGGGCGACUUAUGAACAAACGGUCUUCUUCAUCAAAGCUCUUCUUUUAUGACCUCCAUGGCACUGGUGGAAAAGUGCAAGUUAUGGCUGAUGCAAGGAGAUCUGAUUUGGAUGAAGCUGAGUUCUCUAAGUACCAUUCUGGUGUGAAACGUGGAGAUAUAGUUGGCAUUGUUGGGUUUCCAGGAAAAAGCAAGAGAGGUGAACUGAGCAUUUUUUCCAAAAACAUUCAUGGUGCUUUCUCAUUGUCUUCAUAUGAUGCCAAGGCAAAAGAGUGCAGCUGUUGCAGAGAACGCCAAUGUGAAGGUAAAACUUUGUUAUAUUGA